AUGUCACGAUGCGUCGAGACCUUCCAGCAGGUGAAGAAGCCGAGCACGAUAAAGUAUUGUGUUCUGAUUGGUGACAACGAGGCCAUGUGCCAGAAGCCUGCAGCGAAGCGAGUGGACGAUUUCUGCAAUUUGCCUCAGAACAAGGAUCUCUGUCCACCGGAAUUAGCUAAUGUUGGAUCUCCAAUCGAGUAUGCCUAUGAGUUCGACAGUUGCAAAGACUUCGUGACAACUGAGUUCAAUGACAUCAAGCUCAUCAUGAUGUUCACCGUCUCGUCCAAAGAAGAUGAGCAGAUGCGGCUCAGGAACCCGACUUUUCGGAACUUUGUCCAGAACACGACCGGUUGUGAAAUGCAGCCAGUCUCACGCGUUGAGGAUAAGAAUGGCUACAAGACGACAGUCGUGGAGUAUGUUGCCAAGGAGGACACGCCCCAGUCCCGCCAGAACUGCUUGCACUUCAUUCUUGGGCAUGGACUGGAUGACGUGCUUGAAAAGUCCAAGUCCAUUGUGGAACUCCUGAAAUUUACAGGGCAGGAGUUCGAGGAACCGAAUUCACAGAAGGACAUGCGCUACAUAUCAUUUUUGCUGCUGCCCUUAAUCCUUUUUGCCUACUUGGGCGCGUCCGCUAUAGCACGCUGGUAUGCAAGCUUCCAGCACAAGGCGGCUCGCGUGAUGGGCAAGAAGAAGAAGAUGAUCAAAGUGACAAAGACCCUGGUCGAGAAGCCCGCGCGGAGAGCUUCCAGCGUGGACCGCUUUGCGGCUCAGCUUACAGAGGUCGAGCUGGCAGAGGUCUCCAACUUGAGGCCUUUGGUGAAGCUUGGUUCUCCGAUGACGGUACGGGCACGCCUCAAGGGCGGUCACUUGCGUCAAAGCCCUUCGGGCGUGGCAGAUGGCAAUGGGACCCCUUUCGAUCCCAAUGCGUUCUGGACUUUCGAGCCCACCACAGGUGAGCAGGGUGCUGACAUGAUGAUGGAGGCCAAGCAGGCCGUCCACAUCAAGAACGGCAGAGGAGAUCUGCUUUGCAUCAGGGAAAACGGAGAGACACACUUCCUGCCUCCGGCAGAGGCGGCGGCGACUGGCAGAAGAGCUGCUGAGUUCGUUGUGUCUUCCAUGUCCGGGGCGGAGGAGAGCCCAGCCAGACUGGGGGAGAACGUUCGGAUCAUGUCCGCGGCAACUGGGAAGUACUUGCGUGUGAAGAAGGAAGGUGACUGUGAUGCCAACGGCUCUCCGUCUGAGACGGAGACCCAGUUCGUCAUCGAUCAAGGUGGCCAAGCUGCUGCAACAGGCGGCAUUUUCACCUUCCGGUCAGAGCCGACCACAGACGCCCUUCUGCACGGCAACCCCAAUGGCUCUGCACAGGUCGCUUUAGCCGUCUUGCUGACUUUUGUUGAGCUUCGCGGGCAAACUUUGCUGGAUGCGGUGUCAGCAGACGAGAGCCUUUCGAUUUUUCUGUCAGCUUUGCGGAAAGCUGGCCUGGCUUCGUUUCUAAACGUUUCGGGUUUCUUGACGGUCUUUGCGCCCACAGACGAUGCGUUCGAUUCGCCGGAAGAUUUCUUGGAGCGACCAGACCUGCGAGAAAUCUGCGAGGUGCAUUUGGCAGUUGGCCGUCACGAGGCGGGCCAUCCAGUGCAGAGCAUGGAGGGUGCACGUCUGGAGGUCGUGACGCAUGAGCACCACAGCUUCGUUAACGGCAUCCAGGUGAUCCGAGCGGAGCAGGUCUUGCGCAACGGUGUCCUCCACAGUCUUGGCUCCUUUCUCCAGGUUCCAGAAAGGCUGAGACUCUCGGGUGCGGAGAAGGGCUGGCCCGGCUGGAUGGCAGAGCGAGGUGGCAAGGCCACUGGACGCCUGUCCUUCUCUGGGGAAGCCAUGGUCUUCAGUGGCCAUGACCUAGAAGAGGGCGGUGCCUCCAGCGUGCGGGCAUCCUUCAGGCCGCUGCUGAAUCUCACGGCGUAUGCUGGGCUACUCCUGGACCUUCAGUCAGAGCCAAUGGCAAACUCUACUCGGGCAGCUCCGCUUGGAUUGCAGCUCAUAUUGAAAGAUGCGAACUCGUCGUCGGCCUACGAGUCGGCCUUCGCGGUGCCCUUUUCCCAGGGCGGUCCGCCGGUUUCCUGCAGCGUCUUCCUUCCCUUCCGGGACUUCAGCAUCAGCCCGGCAGAUGCCAAGGCUUGUGAAGGGUGCGUGCUAGACCGAAGCCGCAUUGCAACCUUGGAGAUCAAUGUGAUCCUGCAGAGCGGCCCUUUCCAGGUGGUGUUGGAAGGUCUCCGGGCUGUUCGCCGGGCCUUGGAUGCACCCCUGGCAACAGCACCAUCAGUGCAGAUGACGACGGCCGGGUUCUUGAAACUGAUAGAUGGUACGAUACAGACGGCAGCUCCGAUCUGCAAGGAGGGCUACGACAAAGUUUGCCUCGCCAUGUACUCAGCCACCGCCCGGCAGGUCAUGGUGGCCCGGGGCCCUGCGCAGACUUUACAGCAGCUACGAGGCCUUGCGUGUACAGGCUUACGACGAGGCUCGGCCUGGUCCCUCCGCCGUGCCUUGGAUGCCGCGCACGCCGACCUGGCGGGCGAGGAGCGCAUCCUGGACGUCAGGUACCCUCUGGAAGCACAGGGCUCCUGGCUGUUGCAGCGCGGGCAGCGACCUCCCAGCGGCCUCUGCCAAGGCUUGGUUGACCGGACGUCCGUGGACAUCAACCUGGAGCUUGGUGCCUCUGAUCGGUCGAGCCUCAGCCGCUUCAGCGGCCCAUUUGUGGCGAUGUCUAUUGAAGGGCGCAAUGUGCAGCAUCGACAGGUGCAUUCGCCGGCAGAAUGUGCACAGCUCUGCCUCGAGACGGAUGGAUGCGCAAGCUUCGACUAUGGAGCAGAUGGCUCUGUAGUUGGCGAGUGUUGGCUGAAGUGGGCGAAUCGUACUUCCGCCGGCUCUGCAUUUCGUACCCAUCGGCUAUUUGAUUACUACGAGCGCCAGCAGGCGAGUGCAGCUACAAGUCUGCCAGCUGGACCUGCCAAGAACGUCGCGGAGCCAACCAGCUCACCGGAGCUCUCACUUCCGACGUCCGGCCAGGACCCGCCCCAAGAGCAAGCAGGCUCCGGAGGAGCGAUGAGCUUGGUCUUUGGUGCUGCUCUCGGUGGUGUCCUCCUGUUGGGCAUCCUGCUUGGUGCCGUAAGCAUAUUCGUACUUCAUAUACGGAAGGGAGGACGAGCUCAAGGUCGGGAGCGGACACCAAGAACGCCAGGCAGAACGCCAGGCAGAACGCCAGGCAACCCCGGAGUUGCAGGAGCUCCAGAUCCGGUCGCUCCAGUCGAUCCGGCUCAGCUGCCUCCCACCGUCAGCCUCGGAAGCGCCGCCGUGCCGCCAAGCAUUGACAUCGGAAGCACGAGCGUUGUGGUCGUCGGACAUCCGGUGCGCGAUCCAACGCUCAACUUCCAAAUUGCACAGGUUGCUUCCGGGAAAGGGACGUGGGCCUAUUGGCUUGUUGAGAAAACGGGCGACAACAUCAGCAGUCAAAGUACUCCGUCGUCCAAGGAUGCAGCAUCAGCAGACUCGACGUCGUUGCGGAUAGGGGACAUUGUGACAGUCAAGGCUUUGCACUCUCAACCGCUACAGGUGGAUACAGCUACGGGCCUUUGUCACACAGGCGAUCCUACCGCCGAGAUGACCAGUGCGAUUCCAGAGGGCGGCGCUGCCAGCAGUGCUGCAGGCAGCGCCGAAAGCGGCAUCCAAGAGUUUGUUGUGGAGCGCGUGGGCAUGGGCUUGGUACACUUGCACGACACCACGAUCCGCAAAGGGGCCAACGUCUGUCUCAAGCCAUACAGCAGGACUGACGAUGAGAGCCACAAGAACUUGGGAUACUUGAAGGUAAACGACGACGGGUCGAUUACCGCGAACGGAAAGGCAACGCAAAGCGAGAUUGGAUUCGUCAUAGAGGCGGGCUCUGUCAAUCACAUGCUGGCUCCUUUGGGUGCGGCGAUGUCGCAGGGUGAUGUCGACUUGUUGGUUGCCCCGCUCUGGAAUAAGUCUGACGUCAAGCACUACGAUGCCUUGUCUUCGAGUUGGACGCAUGAUGAGGAGUUAUCCAAGUUCAAGGGUGCCGUGGUGGUCGCGUCCGCCCAGGGCACCUAUACAGUGCCCAAGGCUGCCGGCGAAGGCAGCAAGGAGUGGGUAGCAGUCGUUGAGGAAGGAGUUGACCUGCGCAAAGCGGCUGCUCAGGCGAAGAAGCAAGGAGCCACAGGUCUCAUCAUUCGCUGCGAGCAGGCUCUUUCAUUGGAGAAGCUGGCCCACAGUGCCGAUGAUGAAGAGCCGCCGGAGUUGCCUGCAGUCUUCGUCACAAAGAAAGUAGGGGAGGCUCUGAACGAGCGGGGAAUCGUACUCAAGGGGUGCGAGUUCAAGAAGAAGUACAUGACGGAGGUCAUGCGAAGUCUUGGACGCUUGGGCGGAGGCCUUCAGCAGACUGACAAGUACAAGACUGCCUUCCAGGCAAUCGGCACAGCCAUUCUGGAGAAUGAGAAGGAAAAAGCCAAGGCCCCGAAGCCCGUCGCGCAGAAAGUGGCGAUCAAGCAGGAUGUGUCACAGGGCAAGUUCAAGUGGAAGGUGAACACCAACACGCAGUACAUCUGGUCGGGCUCUGGUGGAGGUGCCACCACGAUGCAGGUGAACUACGGACUCAAGGCGCCGCCUUCUGCCAUGAAGAAGAAGGUGGUGGAAGGAGAUGAUGGCAACGAGACCGCCCAUGUCGAUGCUUCUGCAGACAUAGUGCCCGACGUAGAUAUCACCUAUCGUCGCUCGAUCGUUGGCAGCGCGAUGGUCGCCGCCGAGGAUUUCAAGGCCCAUGCGUUGGCCCAGGAGCUGUCGGAGGUCCUCUUGGAAGACGAGGGCAGUGCGCAAGCGCAGGCGCAGGAGCAGCUGUCGGACGAGAGUGAUUUCAUGAUCGAAUACAACUUCACCGAGGUUGAAGUUGCUGUCUCCCAAGACAACGACCAGGAGCUCGACUCGGACGAGGAAGUUAUGGACGAGGGCACUGUCGUCAGUAAAGUCGGUGUCCCGCGUCGAUAUUUCUGGAUCGUGGCCAUGUUCCUUCUGUUUACCACCACUGCCCUUGUCUGGCUUUUGCGCGUGAACCUGAACUCGGAAAUCGAGCUUCCGGAGGAGUUCCGAAAGCAUGCUGACAUGGAGGAGGACUGUCGUCAAAGACGACAAUGUGAAUCGGUCACUUGCACGUUCGGGAUGUGUUUCUCGCAGAAGUCGGCAUUUCAGACAGGACCUCGACUUCAUGGCCACGCCGGCAUGGAUUGA